GCUAGGCUAGGCGCUUGCUGAGGAACGACUGCAUUUGGGGCACCGGCACACGCUGGCACUACUAGCGGGCGCCUCUACGCAGGGGAUAGCUCAACCUGUGCGGUCCGCCAGCGCGCCGCAGCGCCGCUAGACUGCAGCUGCAGUCCGGGCGGAAAUGAAGGCUCACGCGAGGCGCGCCGUCCGCGACGACGCCGCGGCGCGGCGGAAACCGCUAGCCUUUGUCGGCGCGUCACGCGUCGAAAGCGGCGCGCGCGUCGCCAAUGGGCGAGUGCUCAACCCACAAAGAGACCCGGCGACGACACCACGUGAAGCCGAGGACGCCACACGAGAAGCCGUCGAGGCGCGAAGGACGCACCUCGAAGACGCGCCGGCGGCGCGCGGUUUACGCAACCUGGGCAACACGUGCUUCCUGAACGCCACUUUACAAGCGUUGCGGAGUGUCCCUGGUGUGGCCCAGACGCUCGGUGAUAGUAGGUGGCCCUUAGCCGAGCGAGGCGCCGACGUGGCCGCGGCGUUCCGCGCAGCUCUCAAUCCGCGGGAGACGGCUCCUAGAAACUUGGUGAAGCGGUUGCGGCGCAUCAACCGCGGCUUUCGGUUAGGCCGCCAGGAGGACGCCCAUGAGUUGCUCCGAGCAUUACUCGACGCCUCAUCGUCAGGAUUCGCGAAGCUCCAUCGUGAAGACAAGCGCGGGCCCGUCGAGGCGCUGUUCGAAGGUCGGUCGACGUCAACGCUGACGUGUCCCGAGUGCGGCUACGCCUCGAAAACAACGGAGCCCUUCCUAGACUUGAGUUUGGAGCCGCUAGAAUCAGUAAACCAGGCCCUCAAAGCCUGGUCCGCGCCCGAGACUCUCAGUUCAUCGGACGCGUGGCGGUGCGGCGGCUGUGAUAAAAGGGUAAGGGCGACGAAAGCUCUUGGAGUUCAGGACUACCCGGAAGCUUUAGUUGUGCACUUGAAGCGGUUCCGGGCGGCGCAACUACAGAGAAGAAGACGUAGACAACCGCAAAAAAUAGAAAGACGCGUCGCGUUCGACACGCGGUGGUCUCCGACUGAUAGUGCGUCGUACGACCUGACCGGCGUGGUCAUCCACCACGGCUCUACCACUAGAGGCGGCCACUACACGGCCUACGCGCGGUCCCAGAACAAGUGGUGGCAUUAUGAUGAUAGUCGAGUCACUACUGUGAAGGAGAGCGAGGUCCUGCGCUCCAAGGCCUACCUGCUCUUCUACGCGCGGAACUCCCAGAAACGAGCGCGGAUUGAUAGUGUAGAUCUACCUAGUCGAAGAAAACGUCCGAAGCCGUCGCUUGUGACUGUUGAUUCCGCACCUUUGUUGGAAGCGAAAUUUCGGUUGAUGGCGGCCUUCGAAAGGCGCUUUAAAAGAGUAGUAGUCAAGCACGGCGCCGCGGGCCUCAAGCGGCGCGUCGUAAAGCCGCUGGGUGCCCGCGGCGCGGCGCUCAAGGCCAAGAGUGCGGCGAACCAAUUGCGCCGGAGACAGUCGAGGCGCAGCGCGACGCGGUCGUCCAGUAGAAGGGAGGCCUCGGAGAAGUACUUGCGCGUGGCCAAGGAUGUAUUGACUGAGGAGCAGUACGCGGCCUUCGUAGAAUUGGCGAGGACGGUCGUGCAAGGAUGCACCGAACAGGAGGAGUUUCAGUGUAUCGAGAAGGUCGAAAGGUUAUUUGAGGGCCACGGGCUGCUGAAGCACCACUUCAAUUUGAUCCUGCCUGGUAGUUUCGACGUGCCUCAGUCAAAACAGACGGAGCUCCACGGCGUCGAGGACUACGCGCGUCGUAGAAGGGAGGGGACGCUGCCGGCGGGCGUCGUGUCACAACCGGAGGCGUCGCGCCAGUUGGGCGGUCUCUUCGACGCGGCCGCGGAUUCAGAUGAUGACGAGCCCCCGAGCUGGCGCGACGAAUUCGCUGAUAGUGACUCGGACGACGAGUCGUUCGACCCGGACGCGUCGUCGUCGUCCGAGGAGGAGGACGACGCGGCCUUAAAGGCCAAUAUCGCCCGCCUCCGGGCCGAGAACGCGCGGCUCCGGGCCGCGACGGAGGCGGCGUCCGUGGCGCGGGCGGUCGCGGCGUCGCUCGAGUCGGCGGCGGCGGCGCCGGCGGCGCGCGCCGCGUCGUCGUCGUCUUCCUCCGGCGACGACGAGGACGCCGACUUCGAGUCUAGAAUGGACCAGCAAUUAGAAGCGGAGCGCGCGAAAGUGAAGCCGGCGUUUGAAGUGGCGGCCGCGCGGCGCGCCCUCGAUGACGAGGCGCCCGUGACGGCCUGGGGCGGCUUUGCGGUCGGCGGCUGGGGUGAUGAUGGAGAUGAUGACGUGCGCGCGGCGCCUCCCCCAAAAAAACGGCCGAAGCACCGCUACGACGCGUGGGACCGGUCGCUCGACGCGCCGCGGCGGGGCAACUGGGACGACUGAGCUUCUUAAUUAAUUCGUUAUCAUGA